AAAUUUUAUCAAUGAACUCUCAGUUGUGUGAUUGAUUAAACCGUUUACUCUUCGGUCCAAUUGAUUUGAGUGUAAUUGCAUAUCUUGUUUUCCAUUAUGUAAGAGUUAUAAAUAUCAUUAAGGUCAGCCUUCUCAAGAUGUUUAGAUAACUGAUAAUAAAUAUGUAUGCAAUAUAAUACUUUGUUGUCAUUGUAAAUUGUGCUGAAUUAUAAUAAAUAAUUAUAAUUGUAGUAUAUAAUUAUAUCUUAUAUCAACCAUCAAUUUAUCGAAUCAUACGCGCAGUAUUUUAUAAAUUGUAAGUAAAGUGUUAGACCAGUGUUAGACGUACAGAAUAAGCAUAUGCAAAGCGAGAUACACAAUAAAUCAAAAUUCUCGAGCAUUACGAUUUUUAAAGUUCUAUAUUUAUUACAAAUUCUUUUCUCGUAUCUAUUUUAAAAUAGGAACUUUUAUUAUUACUGUAACAGUGUGUAACAAAAUGCGAUAUGACAUAUAAAUAAAGAAAAAUCUUAUUUAUCAAAAGACAGUCAUGAAUGAACCGGCGACGUCGAUAACUCACGAUUAUCGACAGCGUUGAAGUUGCCGAGAUCGCGAUUCGAUAUAGCGAGCGACCCGCUAUCGAAUCGCUCGUGUCUAAGGACAACGUGGGACAACGGACCCUCGUCCCUCCGUGAUGAUUGCAGUCACGAUUGCAGUCAUUGCAGUUACCUAUAGUUACCAGCGUAAACGCCGUAAACAGCGAUUCUGAGCCGCAUGACAGCUCAUCGUGAUCGUUCAUGAUCGAGUACGGCGGGAGUUGCCCGCCCAUUGCUUAUCAGCUAUCGCGUGUUGUCGAUUACGGCGGGCGGCGGUCGCACGUAAGUGCGUAAUCCGCAGUAUCGGAGCGCACGAGCUCCGGCUAGCACGGAAUGGCUGAGAAUGCUCAUAGCAAGGAGCAGUGGCAGCUCCUCCACAGUCUUCGUUCCACUGUGGAGGGUCUGCUGAUCGACGGGGUGUCCAAUGUGUGGAAUGUUUACGGUGGCCUGAACCGGCUGCACAGUGUAAUGGAGCGGAUAUUCAAGCACGGAUGUCGUAUAUUUGAUCCCAAUGGUGAACCAGAUUGCUGGAUAUUCAUUCAAGGACUAAAUUGGCUCCAACCGUCUUUGGCAACGUCGCCAGUAUUGUUGGAAAACGAGGAUUACUUAUGCAAUUUGCCAACUAGAAUAACAUCCAAGAAGGACAUGUUGUGGCUGUACAAAAGUUUAGAGGGUCACUCCCUAUCACAUAAAUUGUCAUGGCUUCUAUCAGAUAAAGAACACUUGCUUUCUUGUCUGGAACCAUGGGCCUUCCUUUGUCAAGAGAAUUUGGCAGAAGCGACGCUUUUGUAUCUACGAGCAGUCGAAAGGAAUCAGUCUGUAUUGCUCGCAGAAAUCGACCCCUGCUUGUUCUCGUCGACGUGGAUAUCCCCUAAAGCGAGCCCCAGGCGCCAUCGUCGCUCGUCCUCGUAUCCCGUAAAUUUUUCUGGCGUCAGUCAUAUUUUCGCGCGAGACAAGAGCAUGAGUGCUCUAACUAAAUGUCAAUUGGACAAACUGAAGGUUUCAACGCAGUCUGUGUCGCACGACACGGACAGCACUGAGAAUCAGAUGUCAAAAUCCAUACAAGUUAUCACUAAUAGUGAGUCACAAAGGGAUUCCCAAAUCGACGACGUAUCUCUGAAAACGUGGAACAGUCUACCCGCUUUGGUCAAGAGUCAUAACGGCGCGGUCGUGGGAAAUUCAGCCGCGAUUUCGCCGACAAUUCUAGAAAGCAGCAAUAGCAACAGUAACAAUAAUCGACCUCGCACCGUUGAAUUGGCGGAGAUCAUCAAUAUCAAUUACUCGGACUCGAAACAGCCCGUUGAUUCCAACGUGGACAAGCUCACGGCGAAGCCGAAAACACCCAUCAGGAAGACGAGAAAUCGAACAAAAGCUAGACAUGGUCGGAGUAAGAAAGCUUUUGAAAAUCCAGAGGUUUCCUCGAGCAUUCACGAGAACGUCAAAAAUAUGGUUGAGGAGACACGGCCGAUUUCAAUUACGGAAUCGGCGGAGACGAAGACGCAGGAUCAGUGGACAACUCGCAAAAAGACGUCCUUUUUGGCGGGCUCGGCGCCCGAAUUUACGGGCUCCUGGAGCAUGGAGGUGGAGGGCCAGAAAGACAUUCGUACGCCGCGGAAGAGUUUCAUGGAGGACGGCGGCAGUAGCGUGCAGCCGAUGGCGACCGGGUACUUCCCACGUCCGGUCGAGGGCCAGAGUUUAACCAGCUUUCUGUCCUCGGCGCGGUUCUCGCGCGCCCACGACGCCGAGUUGGAUCGCGAGAACGCGCACUUCAGCGUCUGCGAGGCGAUGAUCGCCGCCAUCGAGCAGGUCAAGUGCAACCGGUUGCAGCGUCGUCUGCUGGACGAUGCGGCCGACGAUGAGAGCGACGAAGAGAUCAAUCGGCUGAAGCAACGGAUCCGGCUGCGACGCCGGCAACGCCAGGAGGAGAAGUGUCGAGGCAGAGGCUGGAGCCGCGGUGACCUGCUGAGCGACGGCAGGACCGACACGACCACGACCACCGAUCAGAGCGUCAGCCCGUUGUCCACGUCCUCGGGUAGCUCCUCGGACAACGUGUCCACGGAGGACUCGGAACUGGACGACGAGCGGAGGUUGAGGAACGGCGGUAUGUCCGCGUCGACUGCGUCGUUUUCGGACGCGGAAUCGCGUGCGGCGAGGUUUGCCACGGACUCUAAUGAAAGUAGCAUGUCCGCUGAAGGGGUAGCUCUAUCUCUGAUCAGUCGCUUUAGCGAGAAGCAGCUGCCAAGGGCGAGCGAGCUGCAGUGGCUGGUCUCGGAGAAGGACGCGCCGCAACGCUUAUUGCCGAUGCCGAAGAGUUGGCCGGUCAGUCCCGACGAGGUCGAGAUUGAAGACGCGCGGACUAUUCCGUUGAGGGGGACAGUCGAAUGGGCCCCGCCGCGCCCGCAGAUUAUUUUCACACCUCAUCCACCACCGGUAAGACGGAUGCUGAUAGCGAAGCAGAAUUAUAGGUGCGCGGGUUGCGGCAUGAAGGUCGCCGUGAAAUAUGCCAAUCGGUUUCGGUACUGCGAGUAUCUGGGUCGAUACUUCUGCACUGGCUGUCACACGAACCAGGUAGCAUUUAUACCUGGGAAAAUUCUAUCGAAAUGGGAUUUCAACCGGUAUCCCGUAUCCAACUUCUCAUAUCGAUUAUUGGAUCAAAUGAUGUCGGACCCGCUGUUUCAAGUGAACGACUUGAAUCCGCUAUUAUACAGACGAAUAAAGCAACUGGACAAAACGAGACUCUUGCGCACAAAAUUAUUCUUCCUGAAGGAUUUUUCCUUCGCAUGUCGGUUCGCGACCAGUCUUCAAGACGUGCUGAAGAAGGAACCAAAUUACAUCAUAAACGAUCCACAUGUGUACUCGAUUCAAGACCUAAUAAACGUCAAACUCGGUGUGCUGUGCGCCAGGCUGCAGGAGCUUGUUCAAAUUUGUUGCGCACACAUUGUAGAUUGCGAGUUGUGUCAAGCUAGAGGAUUUGUCUGCGAGCUAUGUUGUUCUAAGGAUGUGAUAUUUCCGUGGGAUCUGUCAAAAGUGACACGAUGUGAAAAAUGUGGCGCGUGCUUCCAUAUCGAUUGCAAGCACAGGUCCGACAAACUCGAGUGUCCUCGAUGCAUGAGGUUGCACGCCAGACGAAUUUCGAGGGACGAGAAGCCCUGACGAAUGACGAGAACGUUCUUUGUUACGCUAUUUAGAAUAGGAUAUGUAUAUUAAAGCACGACAAGCCAUUCAAGUCCAGAAGACAUCUUAUAAGACUUAUGCCGGGCAAUAAACAAUUGUAAGGAACGUUUAGAUUUUUUAGGUGUCCUUAGGCUUUGAUUUUAUCUGAGAUGUUAUUACUAAUAUGUAAAAUAUAUUUAACAACACAUAUUCAAGAGAUUAAAAUAUCUUGGAUAUGGUAUUUAGACAAUUUGUUAGAUACUAUAAAGUGAAAGUCAAUUCAUUCGAGCUUAAUUAUGACUUCUAACAUAUUCGUAGAAAGCUGCAAGACUAGUGAAGGACGGACUGUAAAUCUCGGACAAAAACGUAUACUAGGGGUAGGGACUCGUAGUAGAAGUUCAGAUUUUUUUUAUCCUCUACUCACGUAACUAAAAAUACUACUUGUGCCUCAGUCUCGAAAAAAGGAUAUUGAGUGAACGAGACAUACAUACAUUAUAGCGAAGACUGAAGCAUUGUGAUAUAUACAUAUUGAAUUUCAAUUUUCUUUCGAACAAUCUGCAAACGAAAGAUGUCCACAGGAUGUCUUUAGACAUCCUCUGUGGAUACUCAGAGACGUAUCGAUCUAUGAAAAAUCUUAGAUGUAUAAAUCGAGUAAUUUAUUACAGAACAUACACACACACACACGACUUUAUUUGCCAAGCAAAUUAACAAUAUACAUCAUAUUUCAAGAUAAACUGUUAUAGAGAAAGUAAUAAACUUUUAAAAAGAAUAAUAAUAUAUAAUAUAUAAUAUAUAUAUAUAUAUAUGUAUAUAUAUAAUAUAUAUACAUAUACACGUAAUAAAUUUUUUUCAAACCUGUUAUACAUUCAUGUAGUUAACUCUUUUGAUAGACUUGGAUAGAGAAGUUUUAACCAUAUUUAUGCAUGUUUAUUCGAGCAUAGCAAACAUGAACGAAAAGUAUUAUUUCCUUGAAUUUAUUUUAUAAAUAGCAAUAAGAUUCUCGAGUAGCCGAUAGUAAUUUUAUAGCUGCAGAUAUUAUCAAUUAACACAAAUAAUAUAAAAUUAUUAUGUAAAAGUCGAAUCUAAUAAUAGUAAGCACGUACCUGAUUUUUACUGAAUUUAAAGUUUGUAUUGUUUACUUAUGGACAGCUUUAAAAAGCGAAAAAUUAAAAUUAGAGUAAAUAGAUUUAGUGAGAAAGAAAUUUUGACGUUUCUCUCUUUGUUACAUUCUCUCACACGACAUAGCUCUAAUUCUUGAUAUAAUAAUUAUUAACAAAAUAUUUAUUUAAAAAAGCAUGUAAAUAAAGAUGUAAGAUUCGAACAAUUGCUAUUAAUAUAAAAGAGAAGUCGCAAUUUACUUUUAGAAUAGAGAUUGAUUCGCAAAUAUCGAUCUCUGUGAUACAUAAUAGUGAUUCAAUAAUCGGUUUAUUUGACUAAGAACGAAUUAACAAUGAAAUAAGAUUCCUUCUCCAAUUACUUCCAGAUAAAAUAAUGCACAAGCUAAUAAGUGUUCUUACGAUUUUAUUAAAUUACAUCUUAUUUAUAAUGCACAUACACACAUCUUUUAUCGCAGCGUAAUAAACGUCAAUUUAUCGAUAGUAGAAAAAUAUAUUACUAAUUAUAUACACACUAGCCUAAUUUAGACCAAAUUUUAUGAUCGCGCAUGUAUCUUAUAUUUAUAUAUAAUAUAUAUAUUCAUUACAUCAAUUUACUUUGAUCUUGCCUUAAUUAAAUAGUGGUACAAUAUAUAUACAGAUGAAAAUCUGCGAUUGAUUAUAUAUGUACAGUAUAUGUAAUUUUUAUUUAUCUAUAUUCGCUUUUUUUUUUGAGGUAACUAAGAAAUCUAACGACAGUUAAUGUUCCGGAGGUGCGCGUUACAUUAUCAUAUUUUCGCAUAAAAGUAUUAAUAUAAAUACUGUAUAUAAGUAAUUUUGCUGGAUUUGCUGCUCAAAAAUUACUGCAUGUAUUAUACUGGGUAGCUAUAAAAUUCCUUUGUUUCAUUUUUCAAAUACGCUCUACAUAUUCACCAUAUACUGAAUAUUUGAGCAUUUCUUUCAUUCAAAUAAGAAGUACAAAGGGUGUUGCGCGCGGGAUUUGGGUUAUGAGAGCAAUCGAGAGCAUAUUGAUCUACCGGGUAAUUAAUUACAUAUGUAUAUAUUCUUAUUUUUCUAAGUUACUUUAUUUUUUGUACACACUAAAAGAUUGUUAUAUUAUUUUUGUAAAUGCUUUAUCUUGUAUUUCUUCGCAUUAAAGAUAUUUAAUGCUU